AUGGACUCUUUCUCUUAGUUCAAUUCAAUCUAUCACCUAAACUGAGGGAAUCAGAAUGACUGUUUAUAUUAAUUUCUCUACUAAUUAUACUUGAUAGCAUUCAUUCUUAUUUCUCUGGCCUUGUAUCUCUAUAAAAUGUUCUAUGAUUAUCAAUUGCUUGUGUAUGUCAUUUCUCUCAGUGGUCAUAUUUGUUUCAACUCUUUAUUUAGGACUGAAUAAUGUUAUGCUUUUCGUGGCUUCACAUGUUUGCAAUUAUGAGUGAAUAUAAUACAAUGCAGUCAGUGUAAGAAUUGCAUCCAUACCGUGUUUGGUUUCAGUUGGGUCUGAGAUAUGUUGUGGCUUUCAUUUUCACUGUAGCAUUUUUACGGUUGAUAGUUGGAAUUGCUCUCCUAUUUCAUGGUCAUAAUUAUUCUAUCAACUGCAGCAAUAUGAUUUUAGACUGUUAUUAUGCACCUAUUGGCUGGUGGAUGUCUUUCGUGAUUAGAUGUUAA